ACAGACGUGCCCAACCUCGCCGGCAAAGUCAUUCUCAUCACUGGAGGCAACGGCAUCGGCAAACAAACCGUUCUCGAACUUGCAAAACACAACCCAUCCCACAUCUACUUCACAGGCCGCAACACGCUCUCCGCCGCCACCGUCAUAUCCCAGAGCAACUUAUCCCCCCAAUCAAUCACAUUCAUCCCCUGCGACCUAGCCAGCCUCGAAAGCGUCCGCCAAGCAGCAGAGACGCACUUCAAGCACGACCGCCUGGACAUCUUCAUCGCAAACGCGGGCAUCCUCGCCGUCCCGCCCGGCCUCACAAAGGAUGGCUAUGAGAUCCAGUUUGGAACGAACCACCUCGGCAACGCAGCCCUCCUCCUCCGGCUCCUCCCCGUGAUGCUCCGCACGGCAGGGGACUUUGUGCCCGACGCGGAGAAAGAAGAGGAGGGGGAGAAGGAGAAGGAUGUGAGGUUCGUGGCCGUGACGUCGCUGGGAUACUUUACGCAUCCCGUCAAUGGAAUCGACUUUGCUGGUCUCAAGACCAAGCAGGAGAACUUGCUGCUUGGGAAGUGGGCGCGGUACGGACAGAGUAAGCUGGCCAAUGUGCUUUUUGCAAGAGAGCUUGGGAAGAGGUUCCCGCAGAUUACGAGCGUUGCGGUGCAUCCUGGCGUUGUCAAGACGGAGAUGAUUACGAGGCUGGGGUUGGUGGAUAGGGUGCUCACGUGGGGGAUGAGUCCGCUGGGGAUGCUGACGCCGAGGGAGGGCGCGUAUAAUACCCUGUGGGCGGCGACGGCGGCGGAUGUCAGGGGGAGGAUGAGGAAGGGUGAUGAGGGGGGAGAGGUGGCGCUGUUUGAGCCGGUUGGGAGGCCGCAUGCUGGGAGCGCAAAGUGUAGGAGUGAUGAGCUGGCGGGGAGGCUGUGGGAGUGGACGGUGGAGGAGGUU